CUUUAUAUUUUCAUUUCACUCAGCCUCCACUUCCACAUUCACCCCCAAAUGAGAAACCUCCACCGUCCCCGUUCUUUCCGGCCACUCCCACCCAAUCCCACCACCGUCCCUCCACCGUACCCCACCACCCACCUCCAUCUCAACACCGACGAAACCAUAGUCUCCACUCUAACCACCAUCAUUCGAGGCCACCAAAGCUGGAACUCAUCCUUCAACAACACAUUCAUCUCCAACAACUUAAAACCCCACCACAUCGAAAAGGUACUCCUCAAAACCCUAGACGAUCCACGUCUAGCUUUACGCUUCUUCAACUACUUAGGCCUUCACAAACACUUCCACCACUCCACGACGUCGUUUUGCAUCCUCAUUCACUCACUCGUCCAAUCCAAUUACUUAUGGCCUGCAUCUUCACUUAUCCAAACCCUCUUACAACAAACUUCAAAUCCCAAUUCUGUAUUUGAAUAUUAUUACAAUACGUAUAAGAAUUUCAACUUUUCUAGACAAUUAGGGUUUGAUUUGUUGGUUAAUGCUUAUGUUCAAAGUAAAAGAUUUUUGGAUUCGUUUACGGUUUUGAAUUUGAUGAAGGAGAGGAGUUUGAUGCCUGAGGUUAGAACUGUGAGUGAUGUGUUUAACGGGUUGAUUCGAAUUAGGCGGUUCGAUCUAGUUUUGAGGUUUUUCGAUGAGAUGGGCAUUAGGGGUAAUGCGUAUAUAUACACUGCGGUGGUUCGGUGUUUGUGCGAGUUGAAGCGGUUUGAUAGAGCGAAGGAGAUGGUACAGUGGUUAUGGGUCGAAGGGUGUAACGGUUGUGAGGUGAAUAUUGUUAUGUAUAAUGUGUUGAUUCACGGGCUUUGUAAGGGUCGACGGGUGGACGAUGCGAUGGAGGUAAUGAAAGGGUUGGGUUUAAAGGGGUUGAAAGCGGAUGUGGUGACGUAUUGUAGUUUAGUUAUGGGUUAUUGUAAGUUACAGCGGUUUGAAACCGCUAGAACGUUAGUGGAUGAAAUGGUGGAGAUGGGAUUUGUUCCGAGUGAGGCGGUGGUUUCGGGAGUCGUCGAUGGGUUGAGACGAAAUGGAGAUGGUAUUAGUGCUUACGGUUUGAUACAAGAUUUGGAGCGCGUCGAAGUGGUGCCGAAUUUGUUUGUGUAUAAUGCGUUAAUUAAUUCGUUAUGCAAAGAGGGAAAUGUGGUUGAAGCGGAUAAUCUUUUUAGAAACAUGGGUGCCAAAGGUUUAGCCCCUAAUGAUAUUACUUACUCGAUAAUCAUUGAUUCGUUAUGCAAAAGAGGUCAGCUUGAUCGUGCGUGUGCUUUGCUUAGUGAAAUGAAUAAGUCCGGAAUUCAAACGUCUGUUUAUUCAUACAAUUCUUUAAUAAACGGAUACUGUAAGUCGGGUAAACUUACGAUUGCAGAAUCUCUUUUCGAAGACAUGGUUUACGAAGGUUUGAAUCCGACAGUCGUAACAUAUACAUGUUUAAUAGACGGGUAUUGUAAACAUAGAGAUGUGUACAACGCGUUGAGGCUUUAUCAUGAAAUGACUAGAAAAAAGAUUUUUCCAAACACGUAUACGUUUACUUCAUUGAUUUCCGGUCUUUGUAUAGCAAACAUGAUAUCACAAGCAAGUGAUUUAUUUCAAGAAAUGGUGAAUAAAAACGUUACGCCUAACGAGAUAACGUACAAUGUUAUGAUCGAGGGGUAUUGUCGAGAGGGCAACAUGGUAAAAGCGUUUGAGUUGCUUGACGACAUGGUGGAAAAGAGUCUUAAACCCGACACGUAUACUUUCAGAUCUAUAAUUACCGGUCUUUGUUCGAUUAACAAGGUUUCCGAAGCUAAAGAAUUUGUAAGUAAACUUAACAAGCAAGAUUAUAAGCUAAACGAGAUGUGUUAUAGCGCUCUCUUGCAAGGUUACUGUCGGUCCGGACGGCUUGACGAUGCAAUUACGGCUUGCGAUGAGAUGGCGAUGAACGAGAUUGACAUGGACGUCGUUUGUUAUUCCGUGAUUAUAAACGGAACCGUCAAACAAGGCGACGUUGCUAAAAUUGUUUAUUUUUUGAAAGAAAUGCACGAUCGAGGAUUGAAACCGGAUACUGUAUUAUAUACAAGCUUAAUCGAUGCUUUUGGAAAAGUCGGAGAUCGUGAGAAGGCAAUGGGGUAUUGGGAUAUUAUGAUUAGUGAAAAAUGCCACCCUAAUGUGGUAACAUACACCGUGAUCAUAAAUUGUUUAUGUAAAUUCGGAUUAGUAGAUAAAGCCGAGAUUUUAUGCAAGGAAAUGCUUGUUAACGGCAUUAUUCCAAAUCACGUGACAUACGGCUGCUUUCUCGACUGCCUUACUAAUUUAGGGCAUAUUCAAAAAGCGGUAGCCCUUCACAAUGUCAUGAUUGAAGGGUGUUUGGCAAACACCGUAACGUACAACAUUUUGAUCCGGGGGUUUUGCAAAAUGGGUCGAAUUCAAGAAGCUGUCGAGGUCUUGUUUGAGAUGAAUAAUAACGGUAUUAUAUCACCGGAUCAUGUGAGUUAUUCGACUAUUAUCUAUGAAUAUUGUAGAACUGGUGAGCUACAAGAAGCAAUAAAGCUAUGGGGUUCCAUGAUUGAUAAGGGUUUGAAACCGGAUAUAGUUGCGUAUAAUAUUAUAAUACAUGGUUGUUGUGUCGCUGGUGAGUUGACCAGAGCUAUUGACUUUCGGGAUGAUAUGAUAAAAAGAGGGAUGAAGCCGAAUACGGCUGUUGUCGUCUCGUAGGUCUCUAUAUUAUUGACACAGUUAAAUGCUAACUUCUCCUGGUCGUCUGGUGACACCAUCGAAAGCCAAUUACCUAAGCGCUUAAGGGGCUUUUGAUAACAGAGCUAUCUACCGUCAGCCAGUUUUAUGUGAUGAGGACAGGCGGCUCCUUUUUGAGAGUCCUUUGACUAGGAAAAUUCGUAUAUUUUCAGAAGGGUUCUGAGUGAGAGAUGGUGCUGAAAAAUGAAGCAACUGAGUCGGUGCUUCAAGACGAGAGGUAACCAUUUGUCUUGGUACGGGAUGAUGUGGAGGCUUUGGAUUAACCGAAACGAGAAGGUGUUCAAUGGCAAGGUGACUGACUACACAUACAAAAGUACAUAAAAGAAAGAAUUGGCGUUUCUACCGGUCAAAGAUCUCUCUAUAUGGGAGUGGAGAUUUUGGUCGCAGUUUAACACCGAUUCCUCUCGAUAAAGGAGUUUUAGUGUUUAAUUUUUGGUCUGAUGUUUAUGUUUUGUUCGUUUUUGUGUUCAGCUCCUUGUGCUGGUCAGUAUGUACUUGUUUUCUUUUUUUUUUUUUUUUUUUUUUUUUGUAUUAAUGUCAUCCUUGCUGUUAAAAGAAAACAUUAACAGAACUGCAAAGCGGUAUAUUUAUUUGCGAUUCUUGUUGUAAGAUUUGCACCAGUUUGAAACCAGAGGUGAUUGAUUAUAUUU